AUGACAUUUCAGGCUGUUGAGAAAGUUCUUCUAAAAGUGUCACCCAUCAAAGGGGUGAUGAGAUUUAGCAAGAAGGACAAGAUUUGUCCUCGCUACAUUGGGCCAUUUGAGAUUCUUGACUGUGUAGGGCCAGUGGCUUAUAGGUUGGCUUUGCCGCCUAGCCUAUAUGGGGUCCAUCUAAUGCUUCAUCUUUCCAUGUUGAAAAAGUAUCAUGGUGACGGAGAUUACAUCAUUAAGUGGAACUCAAUUUUGUUGGCCAAGGACCUUCAAUAUGAGGAAGAACCAAUUGGAAUUCUUGAUUGCGAUGUCCAGAAGCUGAGGACCAAGGAGAUGAAGAGCUUGGAACUCAAAUUCCAAGCUUUUAUCUCGGUGCAAGCCGUCGGAGCUGCUGUGGUGGGAUAG